ACACACUCGCAUUUUUUUUGUGGCAGAAUUUUCAUGAAUGCGCUUAAAAUAUGAGUUGGUUGGGAACUCAGCUAAUGUUAACUAAGCAAGGCUCAGAAGCAGGCUAGCGGUAGGUUGUAUUUUUCAUUGUCUCUUCAGGAAGGCCCUCUGUGCCAGUGGUUGCUUGGAGACAGGAUAAACUUUCGGUCGGGAGUGAAACAUAGCUCAUGCAAAUAUCCUUAGCAGACUAUUCUUACAACAGUACCGGCUUGUCUUCAACUUGCUAACUUUGCUUAAACAUUUACAGACAAAAUGGGGACGUUGACUCUUCCAUCGAUAAACAAAGACGAUCCUCGCUUCAUUCUGCAAGUGGAGAACAAAAUGAAGAACAUUUUUGUCACGCAGCUACAAGGGACGCGAGAGGUGGAGGAUGCCAACACCAAUCUCAUCCCUGUAAUAACAGAGCCCAGGAGCAGGAUUUUGGAGACCGGAGUAAACACCAUGCAGAGAACCCUUGUAUUAAAGAAACAAGUUGAACUGGAUGAAUUAGACAGCAAGUUUGCACACAAACGACAAGAGUUCAAAGUUCGAAUGGAGGCCCUGGAACACAGGAGGGCUGACCUGGAGCAGAAACAGAAGCAGACCAAAGAUAAGGCAUCAAAGUUUGAGAAGUUUGUGGAGGAGAAUGAGCUUAAACACAGACGAGCUCUGAAGAAGUUCCAGGUGGAGCAGAGGCUUAAUGAUCUGAAACACAAAGAACUCACGGGGCUCGUGGAAGAGUUGGAAACACUUCAGACCAGACAGGAGGAGCUCAGGGGGCUGGUGUCAAAACACAAAAUGUUUGAAGAUUACCUAAUGAAGAUUUUGGAUGUACUCCCAGAAAGUUACUAUGGGAACGGAGCAGACUCCCUGGUCAUGUCCAUCCUCAGGAGGCAUGAGACCCUGUCCAUCACUCGUCAAGAUCUCGUCGGGCAACUGGGUUCCCUCGCAGAGGAGCUGGAACUAGGCCAGAGGAACCUGGACGUUCUGAAGCAGGAGCACAACACAAAUAAACUGAUGAUCAAUAAGGAGUUAUCAGAACUGCAGACGAAGUGGGAUCGAGUCACAGAGAGGGCCAAACUGCUGGAGAUGACCACACAAAUCCAUCAAGGCCAAUCUCGAGACCAGGUAGAGGAGGUAGGAAGCCUCCUGAUGGCGGUCAGGAACCUCGGUGAACAGUGCUACCUAUCACACUACGGUCCUCUUGAGGAGAUGGAUGUGCUAGAUAUGAUAGAUAUGAUCAAGGAGCACUUGCUGGACAUAGCAGACAUGGAGGAAAGAGCCACACUCCUCGGAGAAUCAGAUUCUGUGGCAAUUAGUAGCUUUGCAGUUGGCAGAGAGAAAGGAUCACAAACAAUGAAAAAAAUUAAAAUAGUUCAGGAGCUCCAAGAAAGUCAUGCUGACAACUGGACUGCUAAGCACAUUCGUAAUGCCAAAGGAACAUUUAAAUGAAACAUUGACACAUUGUGAGGAUGUUGGAGCCGAAAUGUUCAGAUGCUACUCUUUUUUUCAAUAUAUAGCACCACAGAAAACCCAAAAGGGUACCAGUAGUCAGGAACAUUGUAGUACUUUAAGAAUCAAGUUUGGAAAGUAACACUGGAUGGCACCAAAAUUUAAAAUGGAAUCACAGUGCUUGCAAUUGCAUUCUGUCUUCGAGUCUUCUAUCUGCUAUUGUUUGUCUUCUAGUCUUCGAUCUGC